CACUCGGCGUGUGGACGACGGUGGCCGCGAUCAUGGCUGGAGAAGGAGAAACCCGCGCGGGAGAAGAGGCAGUUCUCUGUGCGGGAAAUGGAGCUCCUCUCUGGAACAAGGACCUGAAGUUAUCCACGGGCAAGGAGAACCUCCGGGGCUCACCCUGCCAGAGCUGAAGAGCCAUUCCCACACCGCGAAGAGCUGUCUUUGACCGAUGGUCGUGGCGUCGAGACUGACAUCCGGGCCUCAAGAUGGCCGGUCAGACUCCGGAGGAUGCUGCUUUGGCCGUCUCGCCUCUUCUUGAGGAGAAGCCCAAAAGCAAAGGCCUGUUCCAGCUGGGCUCCCUUUUCCACAACCGGAGUGAGAAGUACUUCAUCUCCAGGAGCGACAGCAUGCCGGAAGAGAACGUCUUGAAGAUCACGAUCACCGAGACCACUGUCAUCGAGUCGGACUUGGGCAUCUGGAACUCCCACGCGCUCAUCUACCUCAGCUUGUGGUUCUUCUUCAGCUUUUGCACUCUUUUUCUUAAUAAAUACAUUCUUUCGCUGCUGGAGGGCGAGCCGAGCAUGCUGGGUGCCGUCCAAAUGCUCUCCACCACCUUCAUCGGCUGCGUGAAGAUGUUUGUCCCCUGCUGUUUGUAUCAGCACAAAACGCGCCUCGCCUACCCUCCCAACUUCAUCAUGAUUAUGCUGUUUGUCGGGCUCAUGAGGUUUGCAACUGUGGUUUUAGGUCUGGUCAGCCUGAAGAAUGUGGCCGUUUCUUUCGCCGAGACGGUUAAAAGCUCCGCGCCCAUUUUUACUGUCAUUAUGUCCCGCAUGAUCUUAGGAGAAUACACUGGACUGCUAGUGAAUCUUUCGCUCAUUCCUGUCAUGGGAGGGCUGGCUUUGUGUACAGCCACUGAGCUGAGCUUCAAUAUCCUUGGAUUCUCCGCUGCUUUGUCCACAAACAUUAUGGACUGCUUGCAGAACGUUUUCUCCAAAAAACUACUAAGUGGAGACAAGUACCGAUUCUCAGCACCGGAACUUCAGUUCUACACCAGCGCGGCUGCUGUGAUCAUGCUUAUUCCAGCAUGGAUAUUUUUUAUGGAUGUGCCGGUCAUUGGGAAGAGUGGAAGGAGCUUCCGUUACAAUCAGGACGUCGUCGUGCUGCUCCUGAUAGAUGGAGUCCUGUUCCAUCUUCAGAGUGUUACUGCUUAUGCCCUGAUGGGCAAAAUUUCCCCAGUGACUUUUAGCGUCGCCAGUACGGUGAAGCACGCGCUGUCCAUCUGGCUAAGUAUUAUCGUGUUCGGUAACAAGAUCACCAGCCUCUCGGCCAUCGGAACGGUUCUGGUGACAAUCGGGGUUCUGCUCUACAACAAGGCCAAGCAGCACCAGCAAGAGACCAUCCAGGGCCUGGCAAUGGCAUCGACGCUUCAGUCUCCCCAGGGCAAGAACGAAGACACCGAGCCUCUGAUGGCCAAGGACUUAAAGCCGUACGAAUGAGAUUGUGCUCGAUCACCGUGGUGGAACUCUGUUUUUGGAAGACCGCUAUCCCAGUGAUUGGCUGCACCGGGGGCCAUUGUACUCACAGUCUGGAGACAGGGUGGGGUCAGGGGAGGACAUCUUGCAUUAGAGUACAACGGAGGACAAUCCAGCCGGGAGUUCUUUGAGAAACGGAAACAAAGCAGAAGAAUUGUCGAGAAGCGAGCUUGACUCUUUCCUCUCUGACAGGCACAAUGCAAAUAGGUAAGGGUCUUUUGGUCCAAACCCUCCACCAAAGCAGUGUGAGAUGCAGUGGCCUUUUUCGGUCACACUGCAUGCACGCCACAAGACACGGAAGCAGUUAGACUUUCCCCACUGUGUACGUGAGCCAAAGUGGCACUGUUUUGGAAGCGCUAAGGCACUUGGUCAGCUUCGAUUUGCAUCCUGGCUGGCGUCGACUAUUACCGAAGGUCCAGAGUUCCAAGGUGAUGUCCGGAGUACCUCCUGGAAGUCGAACCAGCAAAAGGGAUCCAGGGUGAGGGGCAACGACACACUAACCACUAGCUCAUUAUGUGUCAAAUCUGUCCCCCCCCCCCCAAAACCCACUAUUCUCUGGGCUGCACCCACUGAAGACAUCCGCCCACCCACGUUCGAAUCCCCUGAUGGACCAAAGCUUCGCAUUGAUGGAACGGAUACCACUAAUUCUCUGGGCUGCACCCACUGAAGACAUUUCACCAUUGAUGACAUGACACCAGCAGUUUUAACUGCGGAUUCCCCCACAUCCCCUAGUCGAUUUCGGUGUCCCCUUGAACCGAGGUUCAUAAUGUGUUUUUAGAGCAAGGGUGGGCAGUAACAUGCAGCAGGGAACGGGAGGGUGAAUAACUUGAAUUUUUUUUAAAAAAAUAUGAUAUGUAGGCAUGCAAUAAAUAACUGACUCUUGGAGCCAGGGGUUAUGACACAAUUGCU